CAAUAACUACAAAUCUACUUAUUAUAGAUAUUCAAACAUAAUAUAAAUAUAAUCAUGGUAAAAAGUAAUAACUAAAAAAAAUAAAAAUAAUUAACUCAACUUAAUUCUAAACACGCGCGGGAGUAAACACUAUCAAAUUUAUUUUAUUCAAACCAUAUAUUAUCCAACAAGUCUUGAAAUGUGUGAGAGAUUACUGACAUUAUCUAUCAUUUAAAAAUAAUUUUUGUGGAUGAAUUGUAGGUUGGGUAGAAAGUUGUCGACACAUGGCCGAUGAGCCACUCGUUGCAACAUGAUACUAGUAUACUCGAUUCAUUUUUUCUAGAUAGGCUCACAAAGAAGUAAGCUUAUCCGAUCUCUAAAUAGAUCAAAACAUAUAUAUCUAAGUAAGCUCUACACAAGUCCUAUUAACUUAGACUGGACAAAAAUUGAAGAGAAUUUAAUGGAACUUCCCAUUCUUAUCUUCUUCAUCUCCCUAAUUUUCUUCUUGUUCUUAAUCAAACCAUAUUUCUAUACCAAAAAGCUACCACCUGGUCCUACUGGCUUUCCAAUAAUCGGCUCACUCCUUCAACUCGGCUCGAGACCCAACCAAUCACUAGCCAAGCUAGCCAACAUCCACGGCCCUCUCAUGACUUUAAAACUCGGCUCCAUCACCACCGUUAUAGCCUCUUCUCCCGAAACAGCCAAAGAAAUCCUUCAAAAACACGAUAAAAUAUUCUCGGCCCGCACAGUUCCAAAUGCCGUGGCCUCCCAACCAAAUUGGGAGGCCACGUUGGCAUGGGUCCCGCCCGACAACAUGUGGAGGAACAAGAGAAGAAUAUGUAACAAGCAAAUGUUCACUAACCAAAAACUCGAUUCGCUUCAAGAGCUACGCCGCCAAAAGGCGGAACAACUAGUGAGCCAUAUAAGGAGCCAGUGUGAGAGUGGCUCGGCUGUUGAUAUUGGACGGGUCGCGUUCGCGACGACGUUGAAUUUAAUAUCGAACACGAUAUUUUCGAUCGAUAUGGUGGAUACGGAAUUUAAAACGGCUCAUGAGUUUAAGGAAUUGGUAUGGACAAUUAUGGAGGAGUCUGGGGUACCGAAUACUUCUGAUUAUUUUCCGUUACUAAAGUGGUUAGAUUUGCAAGGAAUACGGAGGCGUAUAAGGCCAGCGUAUUUAAGGUUGCAUGAAAUAUUUGAAGAAAAUAUUGAAAAGAGAUUAGAUGAUAGAGCGACUGGCCAGACGAUGAAGAAAGACGGAGAUUUUUUGGAUGUACUUCUUGAUCAAUGUGAAGUUGAAAAUUCUGGAUUUGAUAGAAAAACUAUCAAGCCACUUAUCCUUGAUUUGUUCAUUGCUGGAAGUGAUACAUCAGCCUCAACAACAGAAUGGGCAAUGGCAGAACUCCUUCGAAAUCCUGAAGAACUCAACAAAGUACGGCAAGAAAUAAUUCAACAAAUAGGUAUAGAAAGGGCAGUGAAAGAAUCAGACAUGGACAAACUCCCAUACCUUCAAGCAGUUGUAAAAGAAACGAUGAGACUUCACCCCGCAGUUCCAUUACUAUUACCGCACAAAGCCCAACACGACAUACAAGUGUUGGGCUUCAACGUGCCUAAAGACGGUCAGGUUUUCGUGAAUGUUUGGUCAAUGGGAAGAGAUCCAAAGUACUGGGAAAAACCACUAGAGUUUAUGCCCGAAAGAUUCAUGGAAUCUAGUGUAGAUUACAAAGGUAGAGAUUUUGAGUUUAUUCCGUUUGGCGCUGGGAGGAGGAUUUGUCCCGGAAUGCCACUUGCGAUAAGGAUGGUGAAUUUGAUGUUGGCUUCUAUUAUUCAACCAUUUAAUUGGAAGUUACCAAAAGGGAUGACAACAGAGAAUUUGGAUAUGGAGGAACAGUUUGGAGUUACAUUGAGGAAGGCUAUUCCUCUUGUUGCAGUUCCGAAUUUUGAAAACAAGUAAACUCAUACUAUAUACUACUUUUUUAAAGUUUAAUUUUAUAGUUUCAAUGAGAUUCUGAUAUGUACGUAUUGAAAUAAAAUUAAGUUGGAAAAAGGAAAAAAAUCAAUA